GAGGAUUAUCUCGAGAAAUUAUUCGAUUUUUGAGUGAAAUUUUAAUGAAAAUUAACAAAAAUUAGUGAGAAAAGGGACAAAAAGGAAGAAAUUUUAGAAAAUGCCGACGAUAAUAGCAUUAGAUGUGUCACUUUCGAUGACAAGAACAGUUCCGGGCAACAAUUCGCAGACUUUUCAUUCACUGGCGGUUCAUGGGAUCAACACUUUUUUGGAUUAUUUGCAAGAGAACUCACGUUUGGAGCAAGUUUCAUUGAUUGUCUACUCAAGUUCCUAUGAAACUGUCGUGGAUUUCACUCGGGACUACGAUUUGAUACGUCAAGCCUUGGGAAAAGUCGAGCAUUAUGACAAAACGUGCUUGGAAACGGUCUUGCAUGCCAUCAAUAAUCGCUUCCAAACCACAUGGGGCGUCCAAAAUUACUGCCAGUUGAUCGUGGUCUCGGAUUGCGGCAUCGGGAUCGGCCAAAACUCCGUUCGAGCGAUGAUAAUGGCGAGAAAACAUGCGACAAUCACUCCCGUUGAUCCGCUGCCUUUCCAAUAUCCGAGCAACAUCUGUUUCAUCUGCGUCGGGGACAUGAACGACUCCGUUUUCAAGCAAGGAACGCAACUUUAUCAACAAUUGCUGGAUGUUUCGAAGCAAAAAGGGCAACUUUUCACGCCAGCACCCGAAAAAUCCGAAUCUGAAGCUGCUUUGACGAAAAAUUCGGUUGAAGCGAUGUUUCAGGCGAUGUCCGUGAAGAAUUAUCAACCUUUUCAAGCGGUCCUCAAAUGCGGGGCUUAUUCGAAACUUCAUUCCAACAUCAUUAUAUGGCCUUCUCCCUUACCGCAUGUCGCUAAAGACAUUUUUGGCGUCGAAACAACACGUUUUAUCUCGCGCCAAAUUGAGAUUUGCGGAUAUUUGAGCUUGUCUGACAUUGGUUCGCCCACUUACAUCAGUCGACAUCUCAUUCUGCCCAAAGCUGGAGGUGAAAAUGACAAAGUUCGCAAUGAAUUUGAAAAAUUAGAGUCUGAAAUUCGUAAUUUCUAUUCGAAAAUCGACGGAGGACCUUUGGAAGAUGAAGCUUCGGGCGGUAGCAGCAUGUCCUCAUCCCAAAUCCCGAACGAUUCGAACAAAGAAUCCGUUUGUGUGUUACUUCAUGGCGCUCUAAAGAUCGAAAAUGUCGCUGCCUUGACCCUUUUAGCCGAAAACUGGUUCGGAUUUAUCUACUCGUAUGCCGACAGCAAGAAAAAAUCGAAUCUCAUGUUGACGGUUUUGCCGCCGGGAGCUGAUGUUGUACCCUGGUUGGGGGAUUUGCGGUAUUUGGGCACGAUGGAAGACGCUUUGCCGGGCGAAAAUUUGAGUUUUCCGGUGAAACCGACGGAAAAACGAAGUUAUUCGGCGAAUAUUGUGGGCGGAUGUUGGAUUAGACAGGCAGGAUUGCAAAGUGACAUUCAAAAAGUGCUGAGACACGCGAAAAAAUUACCCGAAAAGACGCAACAUUUCUACAAGGAGCUAAAUAGGAUCAAGAGAGCAGCAUUAUCGCUUGGAUUUGUGGAGUUACUCGAAGGAUUGGCGAUAAUUUUGGAACGAGAGAUACCUCUGUUGCCUCCGAAUGCAAGUCCUGACUGCUCAAUUCAACUGAAACAUUCCGCAAAUGAACUACGGAAAAUGAUUAAACAAGAUUUCAAGGCAUUAAUUGUGGCUUUGCCGACCAAAUACAAUCAGAUUCAAUAAAAAAUUGUAA